AUGCAUCGCCAAAAGACUCCUUAUAGUCGGCCCACACCAGCGUCCAGUCAUGCCGCAGAAGGGCCAGGCAACAUAGCGAACAACAACCCGUACCACACUGCGGCAAGUCGAGAACGUCAAGCUCCUCCUCCUCCUGGCCCUGUCCAACCAUACUCCAACUACACGCCCAGCUCGCCUCAGACACCCCAACCAGUUCUCUAUCAGCCCCACUCCCAGCAGCAGCGACCUGCUGUAGCGACUUACUCUGCGCAGGCGAUGAAGACCUUUGCCCCGCAACAACAGUUCCCGAUGGUCACGCCCGAGGCGGCUAUGGUCCCGAUACGAAGUCUUCAGCCCGAGAAGUCGUUUGUGCGAGUGUCAGGAAGGACCGUGCGAGCUCUGGAUAUCAAGGCGUUCCCGAACAAAUGGGACUCGAGCAAGCAGACUUGGCUAAUGUCAUUUACGAUCAAGGAUGACUGUGAUACCAUCGACGUCAAGUUCUGGCACAAGACCCAGGAGCAUCUCAAACGCUACUCUCACCUGACGCUCGAUCAGGUGGUCCAUAUCUGGACGGAUGAGGUCAAGCUAAUAUCACAGCCUUAUGGAGGAGGCCAAUCGUCAUACGCCCCCUCAACAUCGUCGCCGCUCGUUCUGAAUCUUGGUGAGGGCAAGGUCGGCCACAAGAUCGAGGUCGGGAGCGAAGUCGAGAUGGAGACCUUGUACAAGGUCGCGCUUGGAGCCAAUCUGGGAGGUGUCAUUCAUUCGAUCCCGAUGAAGCAGGUCUUCAACUCCUUGGGUACGAUCAGAAGUCAGCGCUUCAACCUCAUCGUCUGUGUCAAAAAGCUCAUUAGCUCGGGAGUGAUCAACUCCAAGAACGGGCCACUUGUCAAAACCUGUUACACUAUUUUCGAUGCUCAAGGACAGGAGGCCUCAUUGACGAUGUGGGGCGAGACCAUGGCUGAGGUCGCUCAGCGGUGGAUCCCAGGGGUCACUACGCUGGUCAUUACUGGAGCGCAGGCGUCGAUGUACUCGAUGAAGCCCCAGAUCACGAUAGGAUAUCAGUCCCAUAUCCAGGUUGAUCCCAUUUGCAAGAAUAUUGAGUGGUUGAGACACUUUGCAUCACAGACUAAGCAGGAUGUUGACGGCGGCGGGGAUGAUGAUAUCAGACUUAACCAUAUUCAAACCAGCUACCACAUUAUCGAUCUCUUACAGUUGAUUGAGUCCAUGAAGCCUCUGGACGUCAACUACGGAUUCACGUUCGCGGUCUUGUGCGAGCUUGACAUUGACACGACCGCCUCGGACGUCCUCACAGCCAAAUGCCCGCUGUGUCACAACGCAAUCAACUCAUUCAAGAUCGAGGCUUGUCCUACUUGUAACGUUGCUCCUAAUGGCGACAACAUGUGGCACUACAGCCUUACGAGAUACACUUCUUUCAUGGAUGACACUGCUGAGCUUCGGCACCCGAGCAUCGCGUCACGCGUCGUCGAGGAUUUCCUUGGAUUCUCGAAACGUGUCUUCUUGGAGCGCUUCAAGGUUCACUUCAAGAUCGCUUGGUCGGAAAGCAAGAGGCAGCACAUCGUCGAGAUUCUUGCCAUGUCGCGAGCUCUUCUCUCUGAGAUCGAGCAAAUCAACAACACCCGUCACUGA